AGCUACAGUGAAUAGUGCCUAAAUCAAGUCGGACUGUUCAUCAUGUUCCGAUUUCUGUUGCUGGCGGUGGCCCUGGGGCUGUCUGCUGGUGUUCAACGACAAAAAUCUGCCUACUCCCCAAACAAAGAGUACUGGUACGACUAUGAGACGCAGGUGGUAACCGGCAUUCCAAGGGGCAGCAAAAUUUAUUCCGGGCUGAAAUUUAAAGCGACUGCCAAGUUACAGUUUGAAACAGCUGCCAAGGUUAUGGUCAGAUGGGAAAAUGUGGAGAUGUACAAGAUCAACGAUAUCAUCGAUGGUCUCGAUCCCACGAGGCAGCAGAUUCCGGAAGACCUGUUUCAACAACUCACAGGACCGGAAACAGCAGACAUGGCGGAAAAACUUGCGAUGCCGGUGAAAUUCAGCUACAUUCGUGGCCACAUCAGCGAUCUGCAGAGUGACCCAAAUGACCCGUACUGGUCUAUGGAUAUCAAACGUGGGUUUAUCAGUUUACUGGAAGUGAACCUCGACGAGCGCCAGAGCCUCGACACUCCAUCCCCAAUAAGCUACGACAAUCAAAUUACACCUGGUCAGAGCGAGUUCUACACUGUUCUUGAAGCCAGUGUUGCUGGUGAAUGUGAAACGUUCUACAGACGGAUGCCGUUGAUGACGUCGGAGGGAGGCCCUUCUAUGCGACUCAAUAAGAUUAGGAACUACAACAAAUGUGUGAACCGGCCUGCCUUCACCACCAGCAUGUUCAACGAGUACAUAUGCGCAGAGUGUGAGAAAGAUAGGACGGAACCUUUAAGAUCCACAUCAGAGGUAUACUACUACCUGAGAGGAAUGGAUAGGAGCUUCAUAAUCGAAAGUGCUAUAGCAGAAAGCCAACAUAUCUAUACACAAUACACAGAAGAGGGAGGCAGUGUCGCAACAUUUAUUAACCAAACUUUGAUGCUGACCAAUACAAAAAUGAUCUCUGAACCAAUGGCGCCACUACAGAACCCGAAGAGCUACACAUACAGUUUACGGUCUGAGGCUGUUGACAUGAAUGAUCCACGUGAACAGCAGUGGUCAUUGCCACAAGAUGAUUCUCACACUCAGCCUGACGCCAAUACAUGUGAACCAACGGCGUGCACAUCGGAGGGCACGGAAUGUAGAUUGUCUGUUGAACAGGAAAGAACAGAAGUGAAGAUUCAAAAGUUACUGAAUUCACUAUCAGCAUUUACAGAGCAUGAAAUCAAAGAGGAGGCUACGUCUCUUCUUGUCAACAUCAUGGUAGAGUUCCGUCGCGCUGACUACAAAGUUUUAAUAAAGUUUUGGACACGCUAUGGCAAACCUAACACAGAUCCAGGCAUGAUUCGCAUCAGAAAAAUUCUGAUUGACAUGCUGCCAGCUGCCGGUACUCCAGCUGCCGCCUAUGUUUUGGCAACUGCAAUUGAAGGCACAGAAAUGACCCAAGACGAAGCAGCUAUUGUUCUCAAAACUCUAACCAUAUCCUCUAUGCCGGACAUUUGCGUCGCUAAGUGGGUUCAGAAAAUCGUAGAGUUACCAUGGAUUGAACAACACAGACCGGCAAAGAUAGCAGCGUGGCUUUGUAUGGGCUCUGUUGUGAACAAAAUCAAUACCGACCAUGGAAAAAAGAUGGCUGAGAUCUGGGAAGAAAAACAUCUUUUGCAGAAAGUAGAACAGGCCGAAAAGCCAGGCCCAAUCAAAAGGGAGCUGAGACAGAAACUGGCGAAAUACGAGUCAAAAAUGGAAAAGAAAACAAAAAUCAUAAGUCGUUUAAAAGAAGAGUUCGUCCAGAUGCUUCAAACGCUUCUUCGAUCCACUGCCGAAGAAGAUAAUAUAAUGGCUUUGAAAACGAUUGGAAACGCCGGUUUUGUUGAAUUGAUUCCGGAUUUAAAGAACAUCAUCUACGACAAGUCGAAGUCCUAUAUUCUCAGAUCACAAGCGAUGUUUGCGUUUAGAAAAAUGAUUCCGUUCGAACCAGAAGUUGUCAGAAAUAUUCUGCUCCCGAAAUACUUCGACAGAACUGAACCAGAACCUAUCAGAAUAGUAGCGUUCUUGAUGUUUUUCACCGCUAGUCCUCCUAGGCCGAUGCUCGAAAUGGCCGUACAACACCUUGACUAUGAAACUAACCCAAAUAUUGGAACUUUCGUGUACAGUCUACUUGAGCAGUACUCUAACAGCUCUAACCCCUGUAUGAUGUCAAUGGUGAAGAACUCAACAUGGGCUAUGCGAUUUGCCAAGAAAUAUGAUUCUAAAUAUCAUUACUCAAGAUAUAUGCACUCUUCCAUGUAUGAUGACACAAGGAAACUUGGUAUGAUGAUGGACUUAACUUUUCUUUCAUCGUCAAAGGAAUUUAUACCCACUUCUAUGGCUGCUGAAUUCCGUGCAAACGUUCUUGGGCGCCAAAUUAAUUUCAUGGAGGUCGGCUACAACUCUGAAGGAAUUCAGCAGUUACUGAGUAAAAUAAUGGGGCCAUACAGUUUAUGGAAGAAGGGAAAAUCUCCAUUGGACAUUUUGGAACCACAGCCACAGUCGGGGUCACGUGACGAUUCGUUCAGUGUAGAUAACAACAAUGAACAGUCGAACCCAAUACUGGAUAUACACAGACAGUUGAAUGUUUCCCCCCGCCAGACACCAGAGACAGAAGGGCACAUUUACAUUAAAGCUUUUGGAAAUGAAAUAAAUUACAUUCCCUUCGACAACAAGUUUAUCGAAAGGUUACUCAGACAAGGCAAAAUCCAUGUACCAGUUAGUGAAGAGGAUCUUAGAGUGGGAACCAAACUUAAACUCUACAAGUCGAUGGUUUUGUCCGAUGUUACGCAUAUGUUUGCAUCAGAAGCAGGUUUCCCAAUAAGGAUGGACUUACAUGGCUCUACCUUCAUGAAAGUACAAGGGUCACUUUCUGUCAUGGCUACGCCUGCCUUAUUCAAGAAGAACAGAUAUGAAAAUAAACUGGGAAAGCUUGAUGCUGCGUUCAACAUUCACCCGAGUGCUGUCAUAGAGAUGGAAGGGAACAUGAUGGUCGAUGCAUUUUACUUCAAGAGUGGAGCUUCUGUACGAGGUGUAAUACAAGCGGAAUCACCACUACUCUUCAACUACGGUUAUGACGCUGCGAAAAACAAGUUUUAUUCUAACUUUGACGUUUCAAACUUAAAAGAAAAGUUUAUGAAGUUAGAAAUGAAGCCGUUUACAUUUGUAAGAAAAGAACCGUUUGAUAUACGCUAUUGGCCGACUUUACCAGAAACAAAAGAUAUCGACGUUGCUGAGAAUGCUAUCCUGGAAACGGUAUCGAAAGAAUAUGGAAAUCAUGAGCUCGGACUGAAGUUCACAAUGAGUGGACAAAGAGUAACAAGAAACUUCUUUCCUACCAUUCCAUACUGUCCAUUUUCUGGAAAGCAAAUGCUUUACUUCACAGUCGUUCCAGGAUUGAGUCCCCCGACAAAAUACCAGUUGGAUUUUAUGGUUAUUAAAAACCGCGACACAGACGCGCCGUUUCCUGACCAAACUAGAGAGCAAGAUCAACAAGACGAGAGCUAUCUAAGCUAUCUUAACGUAUUCAAUGUGUUUGGGGUCAAUGACAGCCCAGCAUCUUCAAGUGAAGAAAAUACACCCAACAUAUAUUUGCAACACUUGAUUGAGAAAUUGAGAGGUAAAGUGCCAAUAUGGCAGGAUGGAAAGAAGUACGCUUAUUCACUUAAACUGACUGGUAUAGGAAGUCGUCCACUGCGAUACUGUAAUAUAGAAGCACUGUUCCAGAAAAGCCUUGAUGAAUAUGAGAGACGACUAAGCUUUUUAGUCAAGAGAUCACCAUUUCCACAGUGGGAAACCGAGCCUUCAGAAUGGGAUAUGGACUUUAAGAUGACUUUUCCAAGAGUUCAUAUAAAGCCGUCGAAACUGAUUGAUCCCUCGUACUUGGAAGAGCUGGAAAAACAAAUUCAGUUGUAUGUUAAAGAAGAUGGCAAAUUUUAUAUGACACACAGAAUUCAUGAUAUCCUUCCUGCGUAUCAAGACAUGAUGGUGACAAGGAUGCAAAGCCUAACCAGUUCUAUGACAUUGGUUGAUGAUUUGGUACAGGACAUGGUCAAGAAAACGGAGGAAUCAGCUGAUCCUAUUUUGAAGAAAUUAAUCAAAUUAGCUGAAGAAGAGAGAAACAUACUUCUUAUGCUGAAACAGUUAAAACAUGAGAUGUACGAUAAGAAGAGUCUCAAGCAGAAUGAAAUCAAAUAUAUGUCUUUGAUUCACAGAGCCAAGCUAGCUGCUGAUAUCUUAAAUCAAGAAUUAGGCAAGGUUCAAGGAGAUAACAAUGAUAUAAGAAAACCCUUGCUAGUUAAAUAUUCGGUUUAUAAACAGCAAGAGGUGUUAAGAAAUAUGUUGAAUAUGUACGCAGUUUUGAAAGACAUGUUACCAGAUUCGAUGCAGGCGGAUAUGAAAGAUCAUUUGAAAGUUGCUGAAAUCCAAUUGUAUGAGAUGGUAAAGAAACAAGGCCAAGUGUUAUUACCAGAGUCACAAAACCCACCAAUGCCUGACUUUAAACAAAAGGAAUUGAAAGUGAAACAAGAACGUGUCUUACUGAAUUUGCUGUCUCCAAGUACGGCUCCAAGACUCGAAGACGUGACAAUGUCAGAUGUUCUAGAGGUAAUUAGUAAAGCAAGUACUGUAGAAAGAAAAAUAAAGGAUGCCAUCGUCGGGAAAAUAGAUAUACCUAAACCAGUAUUAUAUGAGGUUCUUGAAGCUGUUAUUCUUCAAAAACAGGUUAUAGAGAGUAUAAAAAUAAAGAUGGAACUUGUUAAACAGCAAGUGAUGGAUGGUAAUGUUCAAGUGAUGCAACCUGACAUAAAACAAGCAUGCGUCGCACAUAGAGAAGCCAUGAAAGCACAAGUAUCUAGUUUGACAAAUAUCUUGGAUCAUCUGAUAUCAAAAGAGGAGGAAUAUAACAUACUUGCGCAAGCCAUACCCAGCAGUGAGCAUCAGAAACUCCAGAAACUUCUUCAGAUAAAACUUCUUCAACCACUAGUCACUGAAAAUCUAGAAAAAAUCAAGAGCAAGAAAGUUCGUUCAGGACCACGUCAAGACGACGAGAGACUUCUACUUCUUCAGGACAGCAUGAAACACAUUCAAGAAAUAAAAAGAAAAUUACAACAUCUAAUUGACGAACCACAAAGGUCAUCCCCGCAGUUAAUUCAUAUGACUGCAAAGCUGAUGCAAACGCAGGUGAAACUGCUGGAACAACUUAAAGAAAAUGUUUACAAAUUGUCACUUUACCAUUACCAAUCGGUAAUGUCAAGAGAUCGUCGACCAUUGACCACUCUGAAAGAUAACAUAGAAGAUGCAUAUCUUGACCAACUGAAACAAAUGAAAAAGGCGCUGUCUCUGUUUGGAGAGAUGGAUUUGUCGGACACAUAUCAUGACUCCAUGCUGCCUAGUCAAAAAGUUUCUAGGGUAGUCAAAAGCAAGACACUUUCAAGAGAUAUGGAAUACCCACAGAGAUUGUAUUGGGAGAUGACUGCUCACGUAGGACCAGAUCAUGCACGUACCAAAGCGAUAUCGAUCGAGAUGAUUGGUAAGAAAUCACUGGCGCAAAUAUUUUGGGAAAAGGAUCAGUCAUUACCUUCAGUUAGAGACAAAGUUGUAAAGCAGUACCUGAGCGUCAAGGAAAGUGGAGUAGAAGACAUGACGAAGUCGUCGGAAAUACUGGAUGAGGAACUGAACACAUUCCGCCACUUCCACUUUAGCAUCAACUACUACAAGGAUGCGAUCCCCGAGUACCUACAGCUAUACUUUUGGCGCUACAGAGAAUUCUUGAAGUUCGAGAUGUUCCAUCACAUGAGACAAAAUUUCCCAGAGAAGUCAUACAAACCAAAUUACAUGGAGCUCGUCAUGGAUAUCGAAAGGAACAACUACCAGAUGAAUAUGGAUAUGUUAACUCAAUAUGAAGUCGACAGAUUUCGGGGAAUCCUGAUGCCGUUUUCGUGGAAAUCAUUCGUAUCAUCCAUGCAACCAAAGCCAUUCCGAAACAGUAUUCUUCCCUCACCUUUGAGAAUCAAGAAUAAACUUCCAGGUAUUUGCAAGAUUAGAGGGAAUGUGUUGACAACUUUGGAUGCAAAGGAAUACACGAUUCCGGACUCAAAAGGAUGCGAUGUUGUUUUUGCUAUGGAUUGUUCCUCUUCAUCUGAAUUUGCUUUCAAAGCCAGGAAAGUUAAUGCCGAUCCUGUUAAAAAGGCUGUUGAAAUCAUGAUCAAAAAUAAGAAAAUUGAAGUGAUCCCGAGAAACAACAAUUUAGUAGUAAAAGUAGAUGAUGUCGAGCGGAAUGUUACAGACAAUUCCCCUUAUGUGAUUAAGAAAGACGAACAGGAAGGAAGACAUCAACCCAUUCUGAUUGAAAUAUUGAAGAGAGGACCCCGUGUUUAUGUGCAUGUACCUAUUCAGGGAACGGAAGUUGUCACUGACGGAGAGCUGAUAUCAAUUAAAGUGUCGCCAUUCUAUUAUUCUAAAGUAUGUGGACUAUGUGGUGACUACGAUGGUAACCCAAGCAACGAUAACAAGGACCCCCAGAAACAGACUCGCAAGGACCCGGCUUGUCUGUUAGCUAGCUACGUUACUUCAAAUGAUCAGUGUGAGGCUGCGGAUGUCAGACGCGAGUGCAGCCAGGCCUUACCUAACUCGAUAGCAAAACCAGCAGUAUGUCGACUGGAAAAGAAAACAGAGGUCAGGACCAAAUUGGACAACAUGUGUUUCUCGCUACGUCCCGUGGAUAAAUGUAUUUCCGGUUGUCGACCACAACAGCAAAAGCCGAUACGUAUGCCAAUGAUCUGCAAGGACAGGCGUGAUCCACAGUCUGAGGUCUUAAGGCAGGCGAGUCACCAACGGGUGCUCACAGAGUUACGGGACCAGGCACCUACCGAAUAUCUACGAAUAUUGCAGGAUGAGAGCUGUUUGUAAACAUCUCAAAGUACCCCCGAACGAACUUGCUUGAAUAACGGACAUACCUGUAUAUACACUUACAUUUUUAAGCUAAUGCGCUUUCACAUUAUAUUUUACUUUCACAUGCCUCCUGUGAUUCAGAAACCUGGACAGGAUUUUUUUUUAUUCAGCAAAAUUCUUAAAUAUAUAGUAAUCUUAUUUUAGUUUAUCCUUCACAUAUACUUAGUAGCAUAUGUUUCCUUAUCGUUACCAGCAUUUCAUUUCAUAAGGUAUGAAGCUGUAUAUUGCGACAAUACAUAGGGCGCAAACAUAGCUAUUGACAGCAUUUUUUUAAAUCAGUCUAUAAUGUGAUACACUGUAAAAAGCAGUAAGCAAUAGCGGAAUAAUCGCUGAUUGUCUUAAUUUUUCUUCUUAAACGAUUGUUACGGAUGUGUCCAAUGACAUUUUUUCCAUGAUGCAUUUAUAUUAUUUGCUUUUUGUUAUCGAGUUCAUGCGGUAUAUGAUAAUCAAACCAUGUUAUAAGAUUUUAUAUUUAUUGCAAAAUAACAUAAUGCAUUAUAUCCUGACAAAGACUUUUGCUCCAAUCAAUCAAUAUGCAUAUCAGUGAGACAGACGAUUUCUAUUUAAUAGGUUACAGUGUAAAUAUAUCCUCUGGUAUUUGUAUUCAUGUAUUGUUGGAAAACAAGUGAAUCUCAGGUUAUGUACGUUGACGUUAAUGUUCAACUAUUUCUAUGCUUACGCAAAUAAAGCUUGCAUGCAGCAGUGAAAACAAAAA